CUCGACAACCACUCAAGCCAAGUGCAGUCUCGUUCUCUAUUCCUCAAGAACACUAGCCAAAAUGGGUCGCGUCAGGACCAAGACCGUGAAGCGUGCUUCCCGCGUUCUCAUCGAGAAGUACUACCCCCGCCUCACCCUCGACUUCCACACCAACAAGCGUCUCCUCGAUGAGGUCGCCCAGGUUCCCUCCAAGCGUCUUCGCAACAAGAUCUCGGGCUUCACCACCCACCUCAUGAAGCGUAUCCAGAAGGGUCCCGUCCGUGGUAUCUCGUUCCGUCUCCAGGAGGAGGAGCGUGAGCGCAAGGACCAGUACGUUCCCGAGGUCUCGGCCCUCGCCGUCUCGCCCGAGUCGCCCCUUGAGGUCGACAACGAGACCAAGGACCUCCUCCGCUCGCUUGGCCUCGACGCCCUCCCCGUCAACGUCGUCGCCGUCUCGGCUUACCAGCCCCGCGAGCGCAAGCGCCACAUCCCUGGUGCCGCCAAGGCUUAAAGGGCGUUGUGACAUUUGUAGCGUGAUGGAUGGCUUCAUACUCAUGGCA